AUGGCGUUGAAAGAGACUGCUGGGCUGUACGAGACACUGAAAACGGAGUGGAACAAGAAAAACCCAAACCUCAACAAAUGUGGGGACCUUCUUACUAAGCUAAAGGUGUCAUUACUGGAGCUGAACUUUCUCCCCACUGGGGGACCUGCACUCACCAAGCAGCAGCUCAUUCUAGCUCGAGAUGUCCUGGAGAUCGGAGCCCUGUGGAGCAUCCUGAAGAAGGACAUCCCGUCCUUUGAGAGAUACAUGGCCCAACUGAAAUGUUACUACUUUGACUACAAGGAUGAGCUUCCUGAAGCGGCCUACAUGCACCAGUUACUGGGACUGAAUCUGCUCUUCCUUCUGUCCCAGAACCGGCUCUCCGAGUUCCACACAGAACUGGAACGGCUGAGUGCCAAAGACAUUCAGACCAAUGUUUAUAUCAGACAUCCCGUUUCGUUAGAGCAGUACUUGAUGGAGGGAAGCUACAACAAGGUGUUUCUAGCCAAAGGCAACAUCCCAGCUGAGAGUUACACCUUUUUUAUAGAUAUUCUGCUUGACACAAUUCGUGAUGAGAUUGCGGGCUGCAUAGAGAAAGCUUAUGAGCAGAUCCAGUUCAGCGAGGCCACCCGGGUGCUUUUCUUCAGCUCCCCAAAGAAGAUGACCGAGUACGCCAAGAAGGUGAGUGUGUCCCCGAUAGGAAGCCUGUUAAAGGUUAGAGAUGGACCUAUUUAUUAG